AUGUCCCUCUCAGUGAGUAUAAAUGGUGUAUGUGUGCCUGUGUGUGUGCACGCUUUUGUAUGAGAGAUGGUGAGUAAAGCGGGCACAGAUGGAAAGGCGCCCAACUGGUGACAUGGCACUAUACUGCUGUUUCAAUCCAGGGAACUGUUUGAAUACUUAAAAAAUGAAUGAUCCUUUCUUCUUUGGGAGAAUCACAAUGACGUAACUGGAUCGGGUGGGUGUAAGGACAUUUGGCUGAAGUGAUCCCUUCGUUUUUCUCAUCAAAUACUGUCAAAUCAGUGAUUACGUCAUUCAGGGAAGGGAGGGAAUGAAUGAAGGAUGCGUUUUUAAGUAAUUGAACAUUGCCCUGUCUUCCAUCCACUUGAGCUGGUGUUUGAGUAGAGCUCUCAUCUCUGGGCGGUGUGCAAACCGUAGCAAUGUGUUUUGCAAUAAGAAAACAAAAAUCUGUGUUCUAAUUGGACAAGAUCUGACACUAUUUUCACUUUGUUUGAAAACGUUUCCUUGACUGAACAUGGCCCGGGCUCAGCUUGUCUUUCUAUAGCCAAUCCCCAGGGGGUUAGGGGUUUGAAAAGGAGAAGAUGAGAGGAGGCCCAAGGGACGGCAAUUAAACCCCAAACUAGGGACAGAUGUUGCCUACCUCCCUCCCUCCCUUCCUUUUCUCAUUACCAUUUACUCCUCUUGUCUUUUAAAUAAUUGACCUCCGUCCUCUCACUGUCUCUUUUCUAUUCACCCUAUAAGUAAGCACUGUGUGCAGUAACUGAAUAUGCAGUGAUUCAGCACUUAUAUCAGUAUGUAUUUAUUCAUUAUGUGACUGUGCUCUGAAUGACUCUCUCUCUCUCUCUGUCUCUCUCUCUCUCUCUCUCUCUCACACACACACCACACUGUUCUGUUUUGCUCCUCCCACCCCAUCUUUCUCUUCUAUUCACUAAGACUGUUAUACAAUUAGCUAUUCUCAUUCUCUUUCUUGGCAUCAAGUCAAUGCAUUUGUCUAUGUCCAGGCCAGUCAGUAUGUAGAUGUGUGCUUCCCAGUGUGAAGUCAGGUCAUUUCUGUCUCUGCAUGCAUUUCUAUCAUCAGUGUGUAUGUGCCCCUAUGAGUAGGGCCCAGAGUUUUUCCAAACCACGUGACUUAACUAGGAAAAACUCUGGGAUAGUGAUGAUUGUUUGUGAAUCUCUCUUAUUUCUGAGUAAUUACUGUGUAAUAAGUUAUUUCUUUGUUAUAUAUUUUUCAGACGGUGCUGGCGAAGGCCCUGUUUGACAAUGCAGCAGAGAGCCCUGAGGAGCUGGCCUUCCGGAAGGGAGACAUCCUGAUGGUUCUAGAACAGGAGCAGGGAGGGGGUCCUGGCUGGUGGCUCUGCUCCCUCCACGGGCGCCAGGGCAUCGCCCCCGCCAACCGCCUCCGCCUCCUCCACACCGCCCCAGCCCCGGGGGCCGACUCCCGACCCCCCAGCCGCGCCCCCAGCGAGGACUCUGUGUACCUCUCCCCAGGCCCCCUGGCCCGCACGGCAGUCUCCACAGAAGAUGUGGACGGGGUCUACCGCACCCCACCUAGCCUGGGGGAGGCCCUGUACCAGAGCCCAGGGGCGGUGCCUGUCGCCUCUAGACCAGGGGUGCUCCGGCAGGCCGAGGUAGGGGGUCGCCCACGCUCCCGCUCCAGCUCCGGCACACGCCCCUGUCCCGAUUGGGACGUUGGGGUGACGGGCCGCCCCCGCUCGCCCUCCCUCCGGUCCAGAGGCACAGACUCAGCUGGGAGCCUCUACCAGACCCCCUCCACCCCCACACCUCUCGGGCCCCAGCAACCACAGGGGUCUGGCUGGAGACCAUGGACCAGAGAAUGUCUACCUGGCCCCCAGUGGGAUGCCUCGGGCGGUGGGUCUAGCUCCAGAGGGGCCAGAGGACAACACCUACCUGGUCCCCAGGGAGACUGUAGCGGCGGUAGGCCACUCUGAUGGCUGUUACCUGGUCCCCAGAGGGACUGUCCUGCCCAGCGAGGAGGUCUACCAGACCCCCACAGGAGGGGCAGCCGGGGGGGCUGUGUCGACCCAGGUUACCCCCAUCACUACUAGGGUCCUGGAGGCUCAGAGCCUCACCCCUUCACAGAUCAACGGGGGCGGGGGAGCCCCCCUUAAGCCCCUCACCCCUCAAUCCAAACUGGCACAGGACACCCCUGGGAUGAUGUACCAGACCCCCACCCCUGUAGGAGCAGGGAUUCUCAGGACUCCACCUGUCCCCGCACAGGGAUCCCCCAAACCUCAGUUGAAAGGGGCGACCCCCAAAACCCCAGGGACCCCCGGUGGUCAGGGUGGUGUGCCCUCCACCCCUCCCAUCACCAGGGGGAAGCUAGCUCCUGCUACCCCCCUCAGGGGUUCCCCUUUGCUGGCCAGAGCAGGACGGGGACAAGGCAGGGUGCCUGGAUCCCCAAACUUUGCCCGUAAGCCCCCUCCUCCAGCCCCUCCAGUGAGGGGGGUAACCAGAAAAGACUUGCCCCAAUCCGGAACCCCUGUAUCCACCUCUCAGCCUGUCCUCUCCACCCCCCAGUCGACUCCUGUACCCCAGCACCGGGAGAGCAAAGAUGGAAGGAUGACGUCGGAUGAAAAGAUGCAGAAUGGGCAGAAUAAGAAAGGAGAGGACAGAGAGUGUGAUGAUGAGAGCCUGGAUGAACAGGUGCGAGAGAAAGGGAAGAAAUUAACAAGUUCAAUGUCGCUGCUCUCCUUCUAUCCUUCCCCUCUUAUUCCCUCUCUUUCUCUCCACAAUCUCUUGUCAUGAUUAGGCCCCAGAGUUUUUCCCUGUCAAGUCAUGUAUUCAGGAAAAACGCCAAUCCUAGUUAACCACUAACCACGUUUCUAUCCACAGUUUUAAUGCGAGUAAAGUCAUACCGUAUUAUUUAAAAAAAAUCACGACAGCUGUGAUGGAAACAGGACGUUUCGGUACAACUUGAUAAAUGCACAGAUAAUUUGUUCGUUCGACAUGGUGGGAUCUUUUUGUGUCAGUAAAAUUAAUUAUGUGAGAAAUGGCGGUGGAAACUCCUUAAUGUGCAAAUAUUGAUGUAAUAACCAUCAUAUGGAAGUAAACUUGGAGUUGCGAUGACAUGGUGUGUGGGCCUUCCACUAGGACUCAGGAAAGCAUGCAGUUUAUUACGCUACAGAUGAAAUAAGUUAUGAUGAACUUCACAGGGUGGUGAAAGUGCACAGUGAUGCUUCUUUCCAAUAAAUAUAAAGGGUCUUAUUCUGAUCGAUGCUUGACUGCCGUUUGACAAAUACAAAUAUUCUCACUUUUAUCCAUAAUAAUCUCAUCAUGUAGACUAGCCUACUCUCACAGCCUACCUGCACUGUAUCAGCCAGCUGUUGGCUAGAGCCCACGCGGCAAGACCAGAGUAGGCACAUUUGCUACUUAACAGUUUUUGUGACAAAAUGAACGGUAGAGUUGAAAAUGCGAUGGAAACACAUUGAAGAUUCGAUUUUUAUUCGGUACUACCUUAAGCGAAAAAUCCAUUUUGUGUGCACUACAUCUUCACACACUGGUUUUUAUCCACAAGUCAGCAUGGUUGAAACACACCACUGGUGGGAAAAUCUGGCGCCAAUUGGAUGGAAACUUAGCUAUGUCAAUUUACAUUUGACAUUUACGUCAUUUUAAGCAGACGCUCUUAUCUAAGACAAUUGGGAAAGUCUUAGACACUUUUCAUAGUCGCUGGGAUGAACCAGCAAGUAAUGCACAAUGCUCUACUAAGACCUGCGUGAACGAUAGAUCUGACUUCCUGUGCUUAUAACACGUGUUAAGUUUAUAAAUGCGUGACUCUUGUGUUCUGAUUUUCUGGUGUAUACCCUACACAUAGUUGUGGCCGCCCUCACAGCACUGGUUUGAUAGCACAUCUAGCCCCGGUCUCACAUCCCGGGAAAACUGACCCAAUCUGAGGAAACUUAGUAUCGAAUCUCUACGACAUUACCAUGUGUCAUCUGUAGCUCACUGGUUAACGGCCUUGUACGUCAGUGUGGUCUCGAUCUCCAGGGAUACCCUACACAAGACAAAUGUAUGCAGCGCAGCGUAGCCUUUGGCUAAAGGUCAGUAAGCAUCUAUAAUCUAUUACUACGCUCCCUUCUCCCCCUCACUGCACCUAUGUUCUGAGUCCUCCUCCUCCACGUACAUACAUUUCUCUCUCUCCUCUCUCCCCCUCUUUUUCUCCCUCCUCUCUCUCACUCCCUUCUCCCCCCCCCUCCUCUUUUCAGCCUCUCACUUUCCCCCCCCUCCUCCUCUCACUUUCCCUCACCUUUCUUCCCUCUCUCAGCCUCUCCCUUUCCCCCUCACUCCCCCCAUCCCUCUCUCUCCCUGACCCCCGCUUUCUCUCUCAGCUCUCAACUUUCCUCCACCUUUUCCUUCCUCCCACAGCCCCUCUCUCUCUCUGCCACUCUGUCACACCUGUUUCGCUGUCUGCUGCAAUCCAGUCUGUCUGGUCUGAAUACUGCUGCUGCGAUUUUCUCCCUGUCACACCCAGCUGUUUAUAUUGCAGUGGGAAUGUAUAAGCCAGGCUAAACAGUCUCCUCCUCUUUUCUCCUCCCUAGAAUAUACAUGCAUAACAGACAGUACUAAUGACCUUAGAAUGACUGAUUUAGAAUGACUUCAAUAACGGUAAUGGGAGAUCUCUUUCUAUCUUUCUCUCCUUCUGUCUCUCAGGUCUAUGAUGUUCCCACCAUAAUACUUAACACAUCGUCAGACCCCCAGCAGCAGACCUACAACGCCCCAACUUCUGUUAUUACUGAUGAAUCGGAGGAGGACGUUUACAGCCUCCCAACCCUUCCUGGCCUACCCCUGGGCCUGGGGGACAUGUCCACCAUCGCCCCCUUGGAGGAGACGGAGCACGGCCAGGUCUACUCUGUCCCUGGCUCAGGGAAGAGGGCUCCGCUUGGGCUAGGCGAGGGCAGUGACCCGGGGUCUACCUCCGAGCCGGACUGUGGCAUCUACGACAUGCCCGCUCUCACCCUUGACGUGUUGCCCUCUUCGACGAUGUCGACGUCGUCUUCGUCUUCCACACGUCGGUUAUCUGUAUCCAGUAAUGGGUCUGGUGACGUCCAAUGGAGGACCUCGCUUACGGGCCUUGUCCAAUCGGUGCUUAGCUCUGCCUCGGGUGCACCUGCCUCCUCGAGGGACCUGGCAACCUCAUUGGCUGAGAUCCUGUCCGUCUGGAAGUCAAGUCAACCCAGUGAGGUCCCUCCCCCUCUCCAACAGGCUUGGGCCCGCCUUUCAGACCUACUUCCUGCUUUGUCCGCCGGUGGCCACGCCCCUCCGUCGGACACUCUUCUCUCUAUGGUCCAACGAGCGCUGGAGGACUCCACCAUCCUAUUUCAGACCCAGGGGCGGCCCCCGCCUCCCUUCCCAGGACUCCCUCUCCCGAAGACCCCUACCCCGCCCUGCCCGUGGCCGAGGUGAAACCCGUAGGGAGUGGUAUGGGACCACGUAAGGGUAGCUGGAUCCAGGAGAGACCCUUACCCCCCACCCCCCAGCCGGCAUUCCCCCUGCCCCCCGCACAACCCUCCUCUGUGACCAUGUCCAUCACUGUGGGGCAGAGCGACGGAGAGGAGGGGAUGGGGAACGAGUACGCAGGAAUAGGUCUGACCCCCGCUCCGGCACCACUUCCUCUUGGAGACAGUGUGGGAUACGUGAAACUGCAGGUCAGUGUUCAGUCUUGCUGGCACUUGUCUGCAUUUUCCAUUGCGUUUUACUCAUUAAGCAGACACCUUUAUUGUGCGCUUGCUGGAUUGUUUUAUCCAGUAGUUUUAAUAGACAAUAUCUGCCGUCUGGGCCCAUAGCUGUGUGUGUAAAAGUGAUGUAUCUAUCUCUUAUCUUUUCAUCCUCAGGGAAAGCCAGAGCCUCGCUCAGAUGCCCAGACAGAGAAUAGGUCAAACCAGACCCUCCACACCACAGAGCCUAGGGUAAAACACACAUAAUCAUUCUCACACCACACGUACUGUCCAAUUGUCACACAAACGCUCACACAAUCUCAUUCUCUCACACACACUCCAUUUUCACACCAAUCACCACACAACAUUCUCACUUUCACACCACGUACACUCACUACACACUCAGAAGAAUCAUUGAUUCUCUCUGUGUAUUACUGAUGAGCUCUAACCAAUGUUCCCUCACAUUUUUUGGGGCACUGAGCAAAUUUUAGGUCUUGUGAGCGGAAACUUGAACGUUGUAAGAAUUGCAUUGUGUUGUAUGAUGCAAGAAACCACUUUACAAAUUAAAAUAAAUUAUUAUUGUCAUACAGAGAAUUAGACAAUGUAGGCUACCCCUCUGCCUAUUGGCUUAUUUGCAUAUUCAAGCCUGUCUCAAAAUACAACACUGUCCCUUUUUUUAAAGACAUAAGCUUUUUACCAGCCUGGCUUUUCAAAGAUAGCUUGAAAUGUAGCCUAUACGUUUUGUGCUCUUGUAGGAAGCAGUAACUCCCCUUAGCUGACAUAUACUUAUCAAUAACUGGGCUAAUAACUUGCUAACUAGCAAAGAAUAUCAACAAAUGUACACACGCGCGCUGCACUGCGCUCCGAUCUGAACUGAUCUGAAAAGCGCAUUCACACGCGGGUGAUUCAAAGACUGCUCGUGGGCUACCCCCGGCAAUAGAAUUCUACUCUGUUGUGCUCUAGCUCUGCCUACAACGAAAAUCACAGACAAAAUGUUGCAAAGUUAGAUUUGUUUUGGUUUGUUGCAUUUAAAACGUGCUGAAAUAAUGUUGAUUCGAUCACAGAAAAAACGUUGGUCUAUAUAGUCCAAACUAAUGGGGCGAACUCAGUGAAGUUCAAUCUCUUGCGUCUCUGCUCGGCCUGGCAUUUCUUCUGCGCGGCAGUCCUGGAGGAGGUGCGCAGCCACGCACGCACUCAGCUUAGAGGGAACAUUGGCUCGGACUGUCCUUCAGUCCUUCAGUCCAGUGACUCAACAUUGAUCUACCUAACUGUUGACAGUAAACCUGCUCUCUCUGUGUCCCUUUAUCCAGUUUCAACCUGCCUGGAUUAACUCAACUUGUUUACCUUAACAGUAUCUCUCACUAAAUCUCAACGUCUCUUUCGUUUCUCUCCAUCUUUUCUCUGAUUUUCCUCUGUCUGCCUUUUCGCUCCUCAAAAACAAAAACCCCACCCCCCCCACAAAAAAAAAAAAAAAAAAAAAAAAAAAAAAAACAAAACAAAAAAAAAAACAAAAACAAAAAAAAAAAAAAACCAAAAAAAAAAAAAAAAAAAAAAAAAAAAAAAAAAAAAAAAAAAAAAAAAAAAAAAAAAAGAAAAAAAAAAAAAAAAAAAAAACCAAAAAAAAAAAAAAAAUAAAACAAAAACCCCCAAAAAAAAAACCCCCCCCCCCCCCCCCCCCCCCCCCCCCCCCCCCCCCCCCCCUCAGCUCUCAAUUUCCCUCACUGUUAUUCCCUCUCUCAGCCUCUCCCUUUCCCCUCACUCCCCCCAUCCCCUCUCUCCCUGCCCCCCGCUUUCCUCCAGCUCUCAACUUUCCUCCACCUUUCCUUCCUCCCACAGCCCCUCUCUCUCUCUGCCACUCUGUCACACCUGUUUCGCUGUCUGCUGCAAUCCAGUCUGUCUGGUCUGAAUACUGUGCUGGAUUUUCUCCCGUCACACCCAGCUGUUUAAUGCAGUGGGAAUGUAUAAGCCAGGCUAAACAGUUCCUCCUCUUUUCUCCCCCCUAGAUAUACAUGCAUAACAGACAGUACUAAUGACCUUAGAAGGACUGAUUUAGAAGGGACUUCAAUAAGGUAAUGGGAGAUCUCUUUCUAUCUUUCUCUCCUUCUGUCUCUCAGGUCUAUGAUGUUCCCACCAUAAUACUUAACACAUCGUCAGACCCCCAGCAGCAGACCUACAACGCCCCAACUUCUGUUAUUACUGAUGAAUCGGAGGAGGACGUUUACAGCCUCCCAACCCUUCCUGGCCUACCCCUGGGCCUGGGGGACAUGUCCACCAUCGCCCCCUUGGAGGAGACGGAGCACGGCCAGGUCUACUCUGUCCCUGGCUCAGGGAAGAGGGCUCCGCUUGGGCUAGGCGAGGGCAGUGACCCGGGGUCUACCUCCGAGCCGGACUGUGGCAUCUACGACAUGCCCGCUCUCACCCUUGACGUGUUGCCCUCUUCGACGAUGUCGACGUCGUCUUCGUCUUCCACACGUCGGUUAUCUGUAUCCAGUAAUGGGUCUGGUGACGUCCAAUGGAGGACCUCGCUUACGGGCCUUGUCCAAUCGGUGCUUAGCUCUGCCUCGGGUGCACCUGCCUCCUCGAGGGACCUGGCAACCUCAUUGGCUGAGAUCCUGUCCGUCUGGAAGUCAAGUCAACCCAGUGAGGUCCCUCCCCCUCUCCAACAGGCUUGGGCCCGCCUUUCAGACCUACUUCCUGCUUUGUCCGCCGGUGGCCACGCCCCUCCGUCGGACACUCUUCUCUCUAUGGUCCAACGAGCGCUGGAGGACUCCACCAUCCUAUUUCAGACCCAGGGGCGGCCCCGCCUCCCUUCCCAGGACUCCCUCUCCCGAAGACCCCUACCCGCCCUGCCCGUGGCCGAGGUGAAACCCGUAGGGAGUGGUAUGGGACCACGUAAGGGUAGCUGGAUCCAGGAGAGACCCUUACCCCCCACCCCCCAGCCGGCAUUCCCCCUGCCCCCCGCACAACCCUCCUCUGUGACCAUGUCCAUCACUGUGGGGCAGAGCGACGGAGAGGAGGGGAUGGGGAACGAGUACGCAGGAAUAGGUCUGACCCCCGCUCCGGCACCACUUCCUCUUGGAGACAGUGUGGGAUACGUGAAACUGCAGGUCAGUGUUCAGUCUUGCUGGCACUUGUCUGCAUUUUCCAUUGCGUUUUACUCAUUAAGCAGACACCUUUAUUGUGCGCUUGCUGGAUUGUUUUAUCCAGUAGUUUUAAUAGACAAUAUCUGCCGUCUGGGCCCAUAGCUGUGUGUGUAAAAGUGAUGUAUCUAUCUCUUAUCUUUUCAUCCUCAGGGAAAGCCAGAGCCUCGCUCAGAUGCCCAGACAGAGAAUAGGUCAAACCAGACCCUCCACACCACAGAGCCUAGGGUAAAACACACAUAAUCAUUCUCACACCACACGUACUGUCCAAUUGUCACACAAACGCUCACACAAUCUCAUUCUCUCACACACACUCCAUUUUCACACCAAUCACCACACAACAUUCUCACUUUCACACCACGUACACUCACUACACACUCAGAAGAAUCAUUGAUUCUCUCUGUGUAUUUACUGAUGAGCUCUAACCAAUGUUCCCUCACAUUUUUUGGGGCACUGAGCAAAUUUUAGGUCUUGUGAGCGGAAACUUGAACGUUGUAAGAAUUGCAUUGUGUUGUAUGAUGCAAGAAACCACUUUACAAAUUAAAAUAAAUUAUUAUUGUCAUACAGAGAAUUAGACAAUGUAGGCUACCCCUCUGCCUAUUGGCUUAUUUGCAUAUUCAAGCCUGUCUCAAAAUACAACACUGUCCCUUUUUUUAAAGACAUAAGCUUUUUACCAGCCUGGCUUUUCAAAGAUAGCUUGAAAUGUAGCCUAUACGUUUUGUGCUCUUGUAGGAAGCAGUAACUCCCCUUAGCUGACAUAUACUUAUCAAUAACUGGGCUAAUAACUUGCUAACUAGCAAAGAAUAUCAACAAAUGUACACACGCGCGCUGCACUGCGCUCCGAUCUGAACUGAUCUGAAAAGCGCAUUCACACGCGGGUGAUUCAAAGACUGCUCGUGGGCUACCCCCGGCAAUAGAAUUCUACUCUGUUGUGCUCUAGCUCUGCCUACAACGAAAAUCACAGACAAAAUGUUGCAAAGUUAGAUUUGUUCUCUCUGUGUCCCUUUAUAUCCAGUGACCUGCCUGGAUUAACCAAAUUGUUUACACCUUAACAGUAUCUCUCACUAAAUCUCAACGUCUCUUUCGUUUCUCUCCAUCUUUUCUCUGAUUUUCCUCUGUCUGCCUUUUUUCGCUCGCUCAAUCUGUAGGCUUAGGUUGCAUCCACUUGCAUCAUAGGCACACAACAAGAGGCCAUCUGUGAUUCUAAGAAUUUGACAUAAUAGACUAUUGGGGCCCAUGACACAAUAAAUGUCAGUUCCAUGAGUGACCAUGUUCAUUCUUUACCCAAACAAUGAUGGCUCUAUCUCACUCUGUCUCUUGUCUGUCUUUCUCUCCACCCAGUUGAGCCCCUCCCCUCCUUUGCCCGUCUCCCUUUCUCUGGAGGACUCAGAGUUGCUCUCCUUCUACUCCUCCCAGUCUCUAUCCCACCUCUCCUGCCUGGCCGACUCCAUUGACGUGCUCUUCAGCACCGUGCAGGGGAACCAACCUCCCCGCGUCUUUGUUUCCCGGGGGAAGAGUUUGAUCGUGACGGCACACAAGCUGGUGUUCAUUGGGGACACGCUCUCCCGCCUCCUAACCUCUCCUGACCUCAGGGCAAAGGUCAGCACACAUUUCAUGACAGGGUUGUGUUCAUUAGGGCACACUGUAGCAAAGCAUUUUGCAAUGGAAAAUGAAAACGAGCCAUUCAUAUUGAACGAGUCAAGGUAGUCCCUCUCUGUUUCAUUCUGUUUUUCUUCCGUUUGGUGCCUAAUUAGCACGACCCUGCAUUUCAUUCCAAAUGUAGGGUUUGAUAUGACAUAGCAAGAUAAAGAACAGCUUGCAACAGAAUUCAUAUGAGAUUUAGGUCAAGGUGACAGGCAUUAGGGACAAGAUUAGGGACAUUUAGGUAAGAUUAAAAUGCAUAUUGUCCUAUGAUGAAGCCAUAAUCAAUCUCUAUUUGUCUUUGUCUCUCUCCGUAGGUCACAACCUCAGGUGGGCAUCUAUGUCAGGCCCUGAAGGCUGUCGUUGUGGCAACGAAGGGGGCAGCCCAGAACUACCCAUCAGUCGCUGCCACCCAGGAAAUGGUGGACCGCGUGGCCGAGCUGUCACAGCAUGCCGCAGGCUUCUCCGGCCUGCUGCAGCGCCUGGCGGAAAUAUCUUGA